UCACAAAGAAAGUAUUCUCCAUAGUUAACACACGACCAGAUCUUCACCAGCUCAGUGAAAGCCAGACCCACUGUUCUGUGCAAGAAUGAAGACUUUGCAGAUGACUUUUUUUUUGCUUCUGUUUGUACCUUUGGUAAAUUCAGCACCACCUAUGCAGCAAGAAUCCCUCCACUUUUAUGAGUAUGAUACAGAUGUUACCAUGGAAAGCCUGACCCAACAAGAUUAUGAAAUGCAAACCAAGGAUAUAAGAAAGGACAGAACAAAUGUUUCUCUUGACACUUCCCUAACACUGCAAGGGGAUGACAAAGAACACAACGUGCCACCAACAAAGGAUACAAAUCUACCUACUUGUCUGCUCUGUGUGUGCUUAAGUGGCUCAGUGUACUGUGAGGAAAUAGACAUCGAAGCUGUGCCCCCGCUGCCAAAGGAAACAGCCUAUCUUUAUGCACGAUUUAAUAAAAUAAAAAGGAUAGCGGUCUCAGAUUUUGCUGACAUUACUACCUUGAGAAGAAUUGACUUCAGUGGAAACAGGAUAGAAGAAAUAGAAGAUGGAGCCUUUUCAAAGCUUCUGCUAUUGGAAGAACUCUCUCUUGCUGAAAACCGACUUCUAAAACUUCCUGUUCUACCUCCCAAACUAACAACAUUUAAUGCAAACCAAAAUAGAAUCAAGAGCAGAGGAAUCAAAGCAAAUGCUUUCAAAAAGCUGACAAAUUUGGCCUACCUCUACUUAGGACAUAACGCACUGGAAUCCGUUCCCCUUAAUUUACCAGAAAGUCUGCGUAUUCUCCACCUUCAGUACAACAGCAUUACGACGAUCACCGAUGACACAUUCUGCAAAUCUAAUAACACACGUUACAUCCGCACACGUAUGGAUGAGAUAAGGAUGGAAGGCAACCCGAUCCUCUUGGCAAAGCAUGUUAAUGCUUUUUCCUGCUUGAGAACACUGCCUGUAGGAACGUACUACUAG